AUGGCCGACGCCUUCUCCCACGAAGCGUUCCGGCGCAGCCUCCAGCGCGACUUUGACCUGUCGGCUGCGAUCGCCGAGCUCAAGAAAUGCCUCGCCCAGCCACGUCAGGUAUUUGAUGUCUACAACGGCCUCGACGACGACGUGAGCCACACGCCGCUCUUCUACAUCCUCGACGCCGACCCGCGCGUCCAGCGCAAGCUCGACCCCACGCAGCUCUUGCAGCAUCCCGUGCUCCGCCAAGUCAUUGCAAUGAAAUGGCAGAACUUUGGGCUUCGGCGGUACGCCGAACAACUCGUCAUGUACACGCUCCUGCUGCUCUCGAUGGCGCUCACGACCACCGAGUCGUACGCACCGGCGUUCAUCGCCUUCGAGAUUGCACUUGUGCUCGUCUACGUGGCGUGCCGAGGCUUGCGCUACCCGACGCGGCACUGUUUUGCGAUGGCGACCGCCUUUCUUGUCGCCGUCGUCGUCGCCACGCUCCCGCCGGCGCUCGAGGCCCAUGCGUCACCUGCCGUCCUCGCCACCAUUACGCACCUCGUGCUGCUUCUCUCGGCGCUGUACUUUUCUAUCUUUGAGCUCAACGAGAUGUUUGCCGAGGUCGACCCGACCAACCGCGAGCUCGACUUGGGCUGUGCCAGCCCCAUGCUCAAGAAGGGCCUCUACUAUGCGCUCUUUUGCCCGAUUUCGGUCGUUGUGCAAUUCGUGUUGCUGCUCGUCGGUGCGAGCGACGCCAAGUACUUUGCGGCGUCGGAUUUCAAUAAAUUGCAGCUGCCAGCGUUUCUGGCCACUGGCGUCGUCGCGGGCUGUGCGCUGCACGGCAUGCAUCUGCGUUCGCUGAGCCUCUCGCUCCAGCUCGUGCUCUGGGUGCUCUCGCUGCAGUACUUUGAAGUCCACGCCGUCCUUGGCGUCUACGUCCACCUCCUCAAGCGCAUGGUGCGUCAAGUGCUCGCAGUUCUUGUGCUCUACGUACCAUGCCACGUUGGCUUGACGCUCGGCUACACGCAACUCUUUCAGCACGCGAACGAACCGGCGUACAAGUCGCUGGCGGAGUCGAGCCGGUCGACCUAUCUCGUGCUCGUUGGUCAUUUUGAUAUCGGGCCGUUUGAACGCCUUGGCUCGACGCUGGGCUACGCGCUGCUGCUGACGCAUGCCACGAUCGUGCUGCUUCUGCUCGGCAACAUGCUCAUGGCGACGAUGGUCUCGGCGAUCAACCACCCGCUGGCACAGCAGGAGGCCCUCGUGAGUCUGGCCGAGUGCGUGCUCCGGAGUGAAAAAGCCGCGGGGCUCUCCCGGCUCGAGGCCAUGUCGGUCGAAGACGAGCGCCGCCUCUUGCUCUCGCGUGUCGACAGCGAGGCGUACGUUGCGAUUGCGAUCGAGGAAGGCCCGUCGCUGCACGAGCAUGUCGCGGCACUACGCUCGGAGCUCGCAGACGCGCGCGCGAUGCAGGCCGCGUCGCAAGCCACGCUCGAGCAAUUGGUGGCACUCGUGCAGACGUGGAAAAAGGACAAGUCGUCGUGAUUUUUUUGAUAGAAAUAUUAUUCUUGCUGGGACAUGAGGACGAACUAUUUUCGAUCCGGUUCACGAAAUA